GGAGUGGUCACCGGGGAUUUAAAGAGCUGCCACUUCCUUGGGCCCCCAGAGGGCACUGGGAGGUCACAGUGGCAGAGGGACACCCGAACUGAGCCUCUGCCCGCCCCCUGCCUAAGCCAUGCACCUCUGUGGGGGCAGUGGGCUGCUGACCAGGACGGACCCCGAGGAGUGUCAGAGGCUGAAGAAGAAGCAGAAGAACCGCGCAGCCGCCCAGCGCAGCCGGCAGAAGCACACGGACAAGGCGGACGCCCUGCACCAGCAGCACGAGACCCUGGAGAAACACAACCAUCUGCUGCGGAGGGAGAUCCAGGCCCUGCAGGCGGAGCUGGUGUGGUGGAGCCGGACCCUGCAAGCGCAUGAACGCCUGUGCCUCAUGGACUCUGCCACCUGGUUGGCUCCAGUGACCCCUGGUUGCUGGGGCCAGACCGAGCGGCCCCCGGACUCCAUGCUCCAUGGACAACAUGGCUGCCAGGAGCAGCUGGGCCUGUUUCAGACCUCAGUCUCUUCUCCCUCGGCUCACCGGCUCUCUCCAGAUCCACAGCCUCAUAGUUCACCUGGCCUCCCCCUGUCCCCUCUGCCUUCUCUGUCCCUUGACUCCACUCAGGUCACCGCAUCUCCUGCCCAACUGUGCCCCAGCCCUGUCCAGUCAGCCUCGCUCACUGGAUCCAGCCUGCCAAGGCCUUCCUCCAAGCUCGACACCCUCCUGCCCGGUCCCCCAGCCCAGCCCACCCCUCUACAGCCCCUUGUGAUGGAGCACCCCACCAGAGGGAAGCUGGGGUCCUCACCUGACAGCCUCUCAACUGCCCUGGGGCUGGCCUGCCUGCAGGGUGGGGAGUACAAGCCCGCGGCCUUAUCGGCAGCAGAUCAGCAAGGGCUGGGUGUGGAUCCCAGCCCCCACCCACUCUUGGCUUUCCCCCUGCUUUCCUCUGCUCAAGUCCACUUCUAACCCAUCCCUGCGAGCCGAGCUAGCCCCUUCCUUGGACUGAAGUAGCAACCUCAGCACACUGGCGUCUCCUCCCUUACCAUUGGAGGUUCCCUUUCUUGGCUGACCAGCUGGCCCAGCAUUUCACCAGGAGGAGAACGUCAUCACUGCUGCCCAGCACUGCCAGGCCCUGUCACCGCCAUUAUUGUAUUUCAACUUCAUGGUCAUUCUGCAAAAUCCAGAUGAUCACACCACUUUUUUAGAUAAGGAGACGGAGGCCAGAGAAGCCGUGUGAUGUGCCCAAGGUCGCACAGACUUUUUGGGGACCUGAAACACCACCAUCUGCUCCUCUUUCUCCUGGUGGGAUCCUGGCCCGGGCACCCUAGGAGCUGAAGUCCUAGAAACUGGGGGCUGGUGUGAGGUUUAUGUGCUGGGAACAGGAAGGAGCUCUUUCUUCUGGUUUGUGGGGGAGCCCUGCAGUUCCUGAAACCUCAACCUAGCUGGGGCUAGUCCAGAGUCCAAGAGGGAUAGGGAGAGGCCAAGCAGGAGCCCAGAAGUGGACUUCUUCUUCCCUAGCAGUGUUUUCAGUGCCAAGGAACUGAACCUGUGGGUUGGAGUUGGGGAGAAGCCUGGAACAGUCCCCCCAGGGAUUUCUGCAGGAGGGGAACCCGUAGCCAUACCAAGACCUCUGGGAGAUUCUCCAGGGUCAGCUCCCCAGGCUAUUCCCAGAUAGCUCCCUGCCUCUCCCAAGCAGGAGCUCAGCUGCAGUAUCUGCUGGGGUAGGGGUUGGGGGGGGUGGGUGUGGGUUCUCACUCAGACUCAGGACAAGCUCUGUAAGGGGCCUGAGAUGAGAAGCCCCAAUUCUUCACCCAGAUUUUCUUUUUUUUUUUUUAAGAUUUUAUUUAUUUAUUUGAC